AUGAAUUAUGACAAGCCAUCUGACCCGAGUGAGCUCAAGUCCACACAUUCUGAAACAUGUUUGAAAGCCUUAGCCAUUCCAGCUCCAGGAGAUUUACUUGAUUGGAUUGGGCAACACCAGAGGUCGCUACUAGACAUGAUGCCCAUAGAAAGGAAGUUUAAAGGAGCAGCCAUCACUCGGUUCCUUUUGGACGAAGGAAAUGAAGAAAUUUGGCCAAGCAUACUUGAUAUAAUUGGUGAAAACACACAAGCUGAUAUGCCAAAGAAUGAUAGCACGAAGGCUGUUGCUGAUAAAGGAUUGCCUACUGUUGGUGAACCUGUUGGUGAUAAUCUGGAGGAGAAACCAUUGUUUUACAUGGACACAUCUGCUGAUCCAGCUGUAGCUGUUCUCAUGGAGAAUGAGGUCAACGAUGUCGCAGGGGAGAAUGGAGAUGGUGACCUCAUAAUUGAUGAAGACGCUGAUGUCAUAGUUGAAGAAGAUGAUGAUAUCAGAAUUGAAGAUGAUGAUGAAGUGACGAAUGAAGAUGAUCUUAAAGACCAAAAUAUGGAUACCCCUGCUCUUUUUGAACUGAAUAAAAACCUCAACUCGGAAAAAGCUCAUGAAAAGGAUGACCCUGAUAUCAUUGAAGAACUAUAUGUUAUUGAUACUGCCCCUACUAGAAUAACACUCAGUCAAGCUUAUGCUGAAAUGACUCCUCAAGCAGAAAAUGGAGACAGUGAUAAUGAAGAUGUUGAGUUGAUUGAAGGGGAAGAUGUUGAAAAAGACAUAGAGAAAACUGAGGAGAUAUAUGUUGUUGAUACUGAGAAGUGGAGCAAGAAACCUGAGAGUAUUGUGUCUCAGAUGAAUCUGCCUGAUACUAUAUCCCCAAUAUGUACACCGCCCAGAUCAUCCAGGAGAGCCAGAGCAGGUGUUACGCCAAAGGCAAUCAAUGUUGGGGAUAGUCCAAAAUCAAGCCUUGGUAGAGAGAUGAAAGCUACUCCUAAAGCAAUUAUUGAUAGAGCUCCUGCAACUGACCAGACUCGAACCCCAGUCAGGAAAUCUAAACCAAACCCUGUUGAAACUAUUGAAGAAAUUAACCUGGAUGAGAUAGUUUCAGAAGAACUUAGUCCUAAAUCAAGCAUUACACAAGAAAUGAAAUCUUCUAAGACAGGAAUUGAGCGAAGGAAAUCACUGCCAAACCCAGUUGAAGUUGUAGAAGAAAUUGAUCUGGUGGCAAGUGAUACUGAAACCAAGGCCAAAUAUACAAAACUCAAGACCCCAAAACCUAAACCCAAUGAAAAAGGGAUUGCUCCAAUUUCACAAUCUAAGAAAGGAAAAACAACCUUGGUAUCACCUCGUCGUACCAGAAGGACAUCCCAAAUGCAAAUGGAGAAAGCUGUUGAUGAAAUCACAGUUGUUGAAGAAACUCAGCCAGAUAUGUUUGAAUCGCAAGAUGCUCAAAUAGUUGAUAACAGCACCCAAGAUAAAGUUGCUGAAAGUAAAGAGAAAAAGAAUGAAAAUGGAGAUGAUGUGACAGACGUUGCGAUAUUAGAGAUCAGACAAGAUAGAGUCAGUGAUACUUCUGAUAAUGAAGGAAAUGAAGCUACUACAUUUGCCAUUCCAGAUAUCAGUAAACAUUUGAAGAAAGGACCAGGGGAAAAUUCCAUCAAGGGACUAAAGAAAGGGGAAAAUUCCGGUGUGAAACCUGGAAGGAGGAGGGAAGAUGUUGCAAGUGAUACAUCUGAAGACACUCACAUCAGCUCCAUUCCAAACAUAUCCCAACACCUUAAGACAGAUGAAACUCAAGCGGAAAAUUCCAUUGAUGAGGAAGAAUCAACCAAAUCAGUAGUAGAUAAAACGCCUAAAUUGAGCAAGAAAACAAAAACACCAAGAAAGUCUUCAAGAAAGUCAGUUGUAAAAACAAGCCCAUGUUGUGAAGAAAAGAAAAAUCAAGUUAUAACAAAUGUAACUUUAACAAGAAAAAAUGUUGCUGCCCUUCAAGAGACAGAUUCGGAUGCUACAACACCAAUGAAACAAAAACGCACAAAACAAAGAAAUGUAAAACUUGAUGACAAAUUCAGCCCACCACUUCUAAGAUCGAGAAAUUCAUCUGGGGAUAGUAUCAAUGCUUCCACAAAGGGAACACCUCAAAAGUCUAAAUCCCUGAAAAAAUCUACUGGUAUUACCGUGUAUGAUUUCCAUGGAAGUGCAUCUGAACUGUCCGAUUUUGGGACACCCCCUAAACGUAAGAUUUUAAGUCCCAUCUCCGAAGUAACCCAAUCUUUAUCAAAGUCAGGUAAAAAGAAAAUCAGGACACCAAAGUCUAAAAUUCCAUUAGAAUUUGAAACCGUAAAAACUUCAGCCAGUAAAACCACAAAACUCAAAACCCCAUCCUCGGUAGAUAAGCUCAAAUUGCCAGCAUCGUCAAGGAAACGGCUGAGUACACCAAAACAAACAGUUGAAACAUUAUCUAAAUUGAAGCAAGCUCAGAAAGAGGCUGUUAGUGAGAAACGACCAAGGAGGGAAAGUGCAAAUUAUUGAAUAUUGGAAUAGACUCGAUAGAAAGACACUUCAUAAUAUUAGGGACACUAAACUACAAUAGAGACACUUUACCACUGACAAUGAAGACACUUCAUCACAAUAGAGAGACACUUUACAAUUGACACUUAAACGAUGAUAAUGGAGAGACACUUCAUCACAAUAGAGAGACACUUAAAUUGUGGUAAUUGAGAGACACUUCAUCACAAUAGAGAGACAC